GAGAGAGAGAGAGAGAGAGUGUGUGUGUAUGUAUAUCGCGCGAGAGGAAGAUGUAGAAUCCGCGCGAACCGCGAUUUUUCAGACGCAACAUUCCCAAACGGUUGAAUUUUGACUUAAGUCGUUAAUCCACCCAUCAAUGUGUUCAAGUCACACGCUUAAGAUGAGACGAGCCUCGCGCAGUUUGAUUGUUCGAAAAACGAGAGAGUACAAAGAAGAAAACGCAGCACGGAGAGAGGGAAGUGACAUUGCGUCAACGUUGACACGCGAAAAUAGCGCUUUUCCUAAUCCCGCACAAUCGAGUGCCAAUCUCGCAAAGAGUGUCGUUUCUUUUUCACGUCACGAGAGCGCUCUCCCAGAUAAACCCCGGCUCGUCGGAUAAUUGUGUUUUUAGUUGAUACUUAGCGCGCGAUGCACAAUUCCUUUGUCGAUACGUAGUCGUACACAUAGAUGUAGGAGGUCUCGAACAAAGGCGCGGAGUAGACGAUGUGUAUGCACUUGGUAAAUUCUCAGAUUACAUUCCCCGAGAAGAAAAAAACGUCGAUUUAACCGUAGAGAUUAUACCGAUUUCCGUUCGCGAAAGAAGAAGAAGGAACAAAAAAACAACGAUACUGCAAACGUUGAUUCGAUGUAUUGAAUGUAUUUAUGUAUACGAUGUAUAAGCUGUCACAGUGAGAACAGAUUAAAGAACACCGCGUAAACCGGAUUUCUUACUCGUUCACCGGCGAUUUUCUUUCUUUUCCUGGUAGAGUCGACAGGCGUUCGCGCGAGAUCUCCGAGAUUUGUAGAGUGUCCGCAGAAGCCGAUGGCAGUCGACCGCGAAAGGCGCGAUUAAUCAGGUUGCUAAAAUAUGCUUGUCUCGCGUAAUGAGAUGUUAAUGUCCCAAGGUUCACCGCAUGUAUGUGCAAUAUCAAAAUGGGAGUCAUGGGCGAUACAGAAAUAGGAGAGAAUAGCGAAGUAAAGAAUGAAGAUCGCGCGAUAUCGUCUCCGUAAACGAGGCUAUAUGCUAAUUCCGGCGUUAAUAUUAAUUUCCUUAUUAUUAAUUCCCAUGGCUCACGUUAUCUCGUUGUUGGGAGCGCGACGUAACGCUUACGAAAGGCAAAAAAUUCACGCGCGCGCCUGUCAUUCGCGGGGCGAAAUAAUACAACGAGAAAGUUUCGGACGACGCCCCUUCGCAAACCGCCCUUCAUUUUUUAUAUCCGUGGAUCGCGCGCGAUCCACGAGGGAGGAGCGCGUAGCGAAAAUAAGGCCGACGCAGGACGACAUGGCGACACACUGUGGCAUGGCGGUUGCGUAACGCGCGCAUCGAUCGAUUCGGUUUGAACGUCCGGUGCGCGAAAACGCCGAGACGGCCCCGUGGUAAUCGCGCUUCGAUUAGCGGAGCUAAUUAAGCGUUGCGCCAUGUCAGUCGAAUUGCUUGGCCGGCCGGGCGCGACUAACCGCGGCGAUGAGUCGGUCGCGCUGCGUAACGCGCGUGAAAUGACAGACAAAGAAAUUACGAAUAAGCGGGUCGUCUUCUUGGCGCGAGAAAAUCCUCGAAAUCUUGGACGGAUUUACACGCGUGCCAAAUGCGUGAGUCAGGCGGUCCGAGUUGGCGCGCCGGCUUCAUUCGCGCCAGGUUAUCUCCGCUGCGACGAUAAAAAAAAAAGAGGCUACGCCUCGAGUUCAAGUCUUCUCGAAGUUUCUCGAUAUCCUUGAAUACACGAGCGGCCAAGAGAAGGAAGAAAACGAGAGCGCAGCGCGCGCGCAGGGUGGAAAAGCAAAAGGAAAAGCGAGAUGGAGAGACGCCCGGGCGAGAAAGAAGGUUUCGUGUUCGUGAGUGAUUCACGGCGUUUCCAAGUCGGCGAAGCGUAAAUCGCGCGCAAGUCGCCGAGAAACCGCGCUCGAGUUUCGUCGGAUGGCUCGCUCGCUCGCGCGGCCGGCUCCUCUUCAACGUUGCGUAUUUCGCUCCGCGAUAGAUCGGUUCUGUAAAUCCAACAGACACACGACGGAUCGACAGGGUUCUGGCAUAGAGACAGGCGUCUCUCUAUGUGGAUCUCCGCGAGCGUCGCGACGUUUGGCGAAGUUAUUUCGAUGAUAGUGGGGCGUCGCUCUAUUUCGGUCGUGCUAGCCAGGGCCGUUCAGUCUGCGGCCCGGCUUCCUCAUCAGGAGGCCGCGGAUCAGUACUUCGCACUUUUAUCCGGCCUCCUUCGUGCCGUAGGAUCGUCGAAAAAACGACAAAUGCACGAGCGAUAAUCGCAAAAGGGCGCAAAAGGGAGAGAAAGAGAGAAAAAAGAGGGCAAACACAAACACCGCGCGAUCCCUCGAAUGCGCGCCUCGGAGGAGAAUACUUCCGAGGGAAACUGCUGCGAAGGAGAGAAUCCGCUGGCCGCGCGAAGUCUCGCCUCCGUCGAAAUCCCGGACUUGACAACGGACGGCAAAUACUUGAGGAGAAUAGGAGUGGUUACGCGUUAUUACGUUCGAUACUUCCGCGCCGCGAGUUUUUCCGUUCGCUUCGCAAAGUGAUAUUCGCUCGACUCGAGUCGGACGCGGCUUGAACGGCUCAAUCGCGAAGCCCGGUCGCGUCGCAGUGCAACGAAGUUAAUCGGUCGCAAAGCGCCGCUCGAUCGCACCGUCGUCGUGGACGUCGAGUGAUGUAAUUCGGCGACGCGAAUUGCAACUUGCUGCGAUUCCCGGCUGCGGGGCAGAAUCCGCCGCACGACGGACCGUCCACUCGUGCGGCACAAAUUGCGUAUUCCGGCGAAAAAGAGGGAGCUCUCUGUGAUUCAGAAGGGAAAAAGCACUGGCGGCAAGAUUGCCGCGACCGAGGGCUGACGGAGAGAAGUCGAGAGAAUAGAAGCCGCGCAGGAAGCAGCAUUCUUCUCCCCCGGCGGAAGGGACUCGAAAGGUCUUUUAUCAAUUUGAGAGCAUUCUCGGACCGUCGCCGUCGUAGCAACGAUCAGCAUGUUUUGGGUCGAGCCUGACGAAGAAGAAGAGGCGCUGCUAUGCAGCCCCGCUUUGAUGGCCAGACGGGCCUCGGAGUCCUGGAUCGUCGCACCUCCCGUGGAGGCGAUGCCGGCGGCGGCAAUGCCACUUCAACGAAAGAAGUCACUGCCGGACGUGGCGCAGCCGAUCCAGCUAACAGCCACGGCGCCAUUGUCGAGGGAGGAAGUCAGUGUCCUGAGCAGCAUAAGGAGAGAGGAGAUCCGCAGGCAGAUCGACGAGCACGAGAGACUCAGGGCCAACCCGCUUUUGUACCUGUUCAGUCCUCAGGUUAAGGACUGGUUCUCCCGGCAGCAGCUCGUGAUGCUGGUGCUCUUCAUCAACAUAUCCCUAGCCUUGAUGUUCUUCAAGCUACUGACGUAGCAGCCAGCCGACGAUCGGGUUCACGGACUCGUGGUGGACGUGACCUGAGACGCCGAGGCGGCGUCGCGACGACGCCUUGGGUCGUCAUCGAAUCAGAAUUUCGACGGGGGCAACGACGGAGGGUGCGACCGCACUGAAAACCACUGGAAACAACUUUGGCGGAGCGAUCUCGCUCGGUCUCGCGCGUCGCCAACGCUUGGCGCGGGAGAGCACAACCGAAUUGUGAACCGACGCGGUGAACAGAGAGGGAGAGACAGAGAGAAAGCUCGAAGAAGAGGGAUCAAGCUCGGGCGAGGAUUUUGUCCUCGCCCGACGCAAACGAUCGUGAUCGACCUCCGAACGGUAUCCGGGAUUACGGACAAUCCUGCACGCGAGAACACCGAAGCGGCGGACGGCAAAUUCGGAGGGAGCAUUCGCCGGGGGCGAAAGCACGUCCCUCUGAGAUAUCGCGAGGGAUCUAGGGAUAGGUUCUUGAGAGUCACCUUCGGAUGCUGUAAAUUGAAAAAGGAUUCGACGAGCGUCGAGAGAAACGAGUUUACCGAGCGACGUGAUUCGGCGGAUUUCCGUAUGUCCGGGAAUCGCGGGAUGUAACAGACGAGCCGCCUUUUAAUAAAAUUGUCUGCGCUUCGAAAGUUUGGCGCUUGAAUUCCUCGUAAUCGACGCGCGACGCGAUGGUAGACGCGUCGCGGAUGGAUUGUGAAAUUUUGUGGAAAAAAGAAAGAGAGAGAGAGAGAGAGAGAGAGAGAGACACGCAGCUCCGUUGCGCAAUCGAGUCGCUCGCGCACGGAGGAGGGCGAGAGGGAGGGAGCAGAAGUCGGCGUGACUUUUUCGGAAAUGGAGGACGCGUUGCGUACCAGCGACGCCUGUGUACCAUACCUAUUUUUACACGGAAUACUUUAAUAAUGCUACUUGCGAGUAUGUGGGUCUGCAUGUGUGUGUGCGCGUGUGUAUGUGUGUGCGUGUGCGUGUGUGUGUGUGUGUGUGUCAGAGUAGGUCGAGCUCUCCUCUCGGGGCGGGCCGCCGAUCGAUCGUGCCCGAUGCGGUACGCGCACACGUUAUCCCUCUUCUUUAGUAAUAAUUCUUCCUUCUUUUUUCCCGACAGAAAAUCGGCUCGAGCGCGCGCUAACAUGCGGCGAUCGAAUUGUUCUCCACCGAUUUCUAUUCUUUAUUUCUCUCUAUCCUCCUGUCCCGGGAAAGUCGGUCAUUCACCCGAGGAUGCCGGGGGCUCCCCUCGUUUUCCCGGGAAAUGUACCUGUUCUCUCAUUUCGAGACGGCUCUCGAAGUCGCGGCAGAACGGGAGUAUCGUACUUCUUUCGACCGUAAGUGUAGCGAUUAUCGUUUAGCAAUGAUCGUAAUUGUAGCCGUGAUGCCGACGCGCAGAGGAUAGAUUUGUUGUUAAGGAGAAACGAAAAAAGACGCGCAUUCGAGCAUUUACAUAGCGGACUACACGCCGCGCGAAUAUUAUGACGCUAAUCGCGAAUUUGUAAAUUGUAAGUUGUUAUUAUACAACGAGGAAACAGAAAGAGAGAGAGAGAGAGAGAGAGGGGAGGAGAGAGAGGAAGAGGGAGAAAAAGCGAGAGAGAGUUUUCGUAGUCUUUUAACUUGUACGAGCCUCGCGGAAUUAUAGUUACAAUUACUAUCGUUGGAUACAUCGGCGGGGCAAGACUCGAAUCCUCCGCCUCGAUUUACGUAUCUCCGCGUAUGAUACGCGACGGGCCGAUAGCACAAGUGUGUCAGCGUGACGCUGAUUAAAAUCGCGCGCAAAUCAGGCCGAACGUUUUCGCAAACACUGAAUGCGACUCGGUUUUCGGCGCGAGACCGAAGGUCGAGCAUUUCUAAUCGCCGACGCGGAGGUCGACGUUGCUUCUUUCUGCACACUUUGUUGCGCGCGUUCUGCGUCUAUGAGACAUAUUCUCCCGCAUCGAAAUGCGGAUGACGCAUAACGCGAUAGUCGAGACGCACAAGCGCGAUAACGUCGUCGCUCAUCGAGACGCAAAAUCGCGUAUCUUCGUAUUUACAAACAGGAACUCUUGUAGAUAUGUCUCGAGUGUCGAAACCGGAGACGAAUGAAAUCCGACCUCGUUUCGGACGAGAUGCCGCGGUCGUUUCGGCGGCAGACACACGAUUGUUCGCGAGAGGAAAAUGCACAUGUACGAUAUACAUUUGAAAUUA